AUGGCUGCUCCUGUGAUGCUCAGAGUUAUCUUGGGUGAAAAUGACUCUACAAGAUUGACUCUCCCCAAUGGCAUACCAGAGUCUGUUGAUGACCUAAUACCUCACAUCAAGAACCAAUUGGAACUAGAGGGUGACAUUAGACUACAAUUUAUGGAUCAGGAGUUUGGCAAUGAGUUCAACAAUUUGACUUCAACUUCUGAAAUAGAAGACAAAAGCACCAUUAAAGUCAUCCACCAACCAUUCAUCAUAAUUGCCGGAAACCACCUUGAUGACUCCACACCACCUUCACCACAUUCUAGCUGUCCACCACCACCGUUUCCAUCUCCUUACCCAUCAAGCUCAAGCCUUUCCACGUCACCGUCCAUUGCAUCAUGUGACACUGACAUACUAUCUUCUCCCGAGGCCAGCUCCUCAAGGUCCUCUGCAUGGCCUCUCAUCUUUAAAGUGCCACGCUUCCCUUACGAUGCAGAACUAGAGCUUGAGAAGGCGAAUGCAGCCCUCAAAGAUGAUGGGACUUUGUUGGACCCUGGCACCAAACUGAAAUCUUCCAUUCUUAAUGGUUUAAUGGAGGAAAUAAUGAAGUACAAAGUCUAUCCUUCUGAUACAGAGCUCGGUGAAAUUGCUGAAGCACUUGUCACCACACAUCCUUGCCUCAAAGAGCCGGGAUCAAAGACUGGGUAUGAAGGAUGGAAGACAAGCUUAAGGUGGAAGAUAGGAAAUUACAGAACGAGGCUACGUCGGCUGGGACAUCCAGAAGUUGCUGUGAAUGCCCAGACCAACAAACGCGUAGGAAGCAGUCCUGCCUCUGGAGUUAAGAAAGCCCGUAAAGCGGAGGUAAACUUCUGCCCGGCUCUUCCUUCUGGGGAGACAAUGGACACACAAGAAUCCAAAAGAGUGGCACUUCUGUCUGAAGUCGACAAGAGAAACAAUGAAAGUCACGUGACUCAGUUGAUGGAUCAGACCUUUUCCUUGAGAAGACAAGAAGUCAUGCAGGAACCACUGAUUGCUGAAUUCAAGACAAGAUGGCCGGCACUCUUCACUGUUCGUGAGGUUUGUGCUGAGUUCAGAAGAAUUACAACAGUCAACUUGGAGUCCAAGUUCUUCUUCAACCUGGAUGCUUAUUCUCCAAAUCUGAUGAAGGCGUUCAGCAGGAAAGGGGGGAGUGUUGGACAAAGCCUCAGGAGAAUAAUGUUACCCAUAUCCCAGGACAGUGACAUAAAUGUCAGACGCGAAUGCAUCCUGAAGGGACUUUGCACCUACUUCAAAGAAGACCCUGGAAAGUUGCUGAAGGAAUACAUG